ACAGCACGCGGGGGUACAGAUUAUUUCACUUUCUGUUCUGGUGAAUGGAAACGAACGUGUCAAGUAAGAAACUCCAGGUCAGUGUUUUUCUGUCCGUGGAUCUUUAAAGAUUUCUUUCAAUGGAGAAGGAGGAAGCCACGCGCACCUGCGGCCAAUGCCACAGAGAGGUUGCAGAGACCAACUACGCUCUGCAUGAAAUGCACUGCAGCCGCUUCUUAUGUCUCUGUCCUGACUGUGAUGAAGCAGUUCCCAGAGACCUACUGAACCAACACAGGGAGGAGCAGCACACCCAGGUGAGAUGCUCCAAGUGUAACCAGAAGAUGGAGCGUCGGUACCUAAUGGAUCAUGAGUCUGAUGAGUGUGUGGAGCGUCUGCAGAGCUGCCAGUUCUGCGAGCUGGAGCUGCCAUGGAAGGACCUGGCUGCACACCAUCUGGUCUGCGGGAGUCGCACCGAGCUCUGCAGGGACUGUGGCCGCUACGUCACCCUGAGGGACCUGCCAGAGCACGGCUUGACCUGCUCAGCCGCUGGCAAUGGCUCAGGUCCUCCUCAAGCUACCAGCAAACCACCUCCAAACAAGACAAAAAUAACAAUGCAGUGCCGCAGAUGUAUGGCAUCUUUUCCAGCUGAGGAUAAAGAUGAACAUGAGCUGAAGUGUGUAUCAGCAGCCACGUGGGAAGAUGAAGAGGCUAAUUCACAGGUGGAAAAAAGGGAGGAUGACGUUGAUUUCUCCAGACAGGGGGCCACGCCCUGGCUAAGCCGCAAUUUUAAGGCAAGCUCCCAGUCAGGCAGACCCAGCGGUGGUCCCUGGGGUGAUGCAGAUGACCCACACCAGAUCAACACCUGCCCCCACUGUCAUCUGGCCCUGCCCCUCUGCACACUACAGUGGCAUCAGGCGAAGUGCCAAAUCCACCUUCUCCUGAAAUAAAGCGAGAGCUCCUCUGAAUGGAAAUGCUGCUUGAGAGACCUUUGAUCAAAAUGGUCAGGGGCUGGAAGACGUGUAUUUGGGCUGUUGAAAUGUAGUUUUGUUAUAGGCCAAUUUAGGAUUUAUUUAAUGUUUAAAUGAAAGUUAACAUUUUCUUUGUAGUUUUAAGAAAGUGUUUUGUUUUUUUUAACUUCUGACACUCCUUAUGACUUUGUGAUGUUCCUUUUGUUAAAUACAAAUACCAAACUGUUAAA